AUCUCAAGGGUGUUUAUUUGCAGACUGGGGCGCGGCGCGGCGAUUGCGAGAGCCAUGUCAAGUCAGAACAUGGAACAGCAGCGCAUGCGCGGAAUGCUGGAACCCCUCCAAGAAAAGGACCCUGACAUUUCCCAAAUUGUGACGUACUCCAAAUUCGUGGUUGCGUAUUUCUUGCAGCAAGAGGGUGCCAGCCCGGGCUGGCGGAAGGCCAACAUCGAAGGGCCAGUUUACCUGAUCAAGAGACAAAAGGCUCCCUUUUAUCAGAUCAUAGUCAAGAACCAAUUCAGCAACAGCGACCUGAUUGACAACCUGCAUCCUGAUUGGGAGCUUGACUGUCAGAAGAACUACAUCUUCUACAAGAUCGAGGACACGAAGCAGCAGAUUCGAGGCCUGUGGUUCCACAAUGAUGCGGAGCGGGUGAAGAUUGAAACCAUGUUGGAGCAAACCAUGGAAGAGCUUCGCAGCAAGCCGGAGAAACCGGCCAUGCCGCCUCCUCAGCGCGAGGCUCCUUCUGCCAACGGCGAUUCGCAGUUGGGCCGCGAUGAUCCAGACACCGUGGUGGUGAGCAGGGAUUCCGUGAAGUCAGUGCUUCAGGAACUCGCGAAUGAUGAUGACUUUGUGACUAUGGUUUGGCAGAAGCUGAAAUCGAAACCGAGUAUGUGAGGGGAAUCUCUGAUUCUGAUAGCGGCAUUGGUUAGCGGUCAAUGCCAGCAUGGGCAAUUUUAUUAAGCGACCACUCAUCCCGCCGAUCGGCAACUUUUUGCUCUGAGAAAACAUGACCGCUCAAAAUCUGGACCGGAGGUUUCCAAUCG